UUAAAAUUGAAAAAAGAAAAAAAGAAAUGGAAGGAACUGGAAAAGCGCAUAGUUUGUUCGUGUAAAUUAGGGUUCUUAGGAAUUCGAAGCAUAUAUAUUUUCCUCAAAUUAAGCACCUGAAAUUGAAAUUUUAUUAUCCUCGUUUUGGAAUUAUAAAGAUCAAUUAAGAGUAAAUUUAAAAAAAAACAAUUAUUUUUAUAUAAAUUAUGUGAAUUUUUUUUCUUUUUAAUCGGCCGAUCAAUGGGUCGCUCCCGUGGAAAUUUUCAUGGUGGAGAAGAUCCCAGUCAAAGAUCAAGGAGAAAAAAGAAUGCAUCUAGUGGAGAAAAUUUUGAAUCUUCUUCGACAGGGCAAGGAACCACAGACGGAAAAGGGGCACUGUACCAUUGUAACUAUUGCAACAAAGACAUUACAGGGCGAAUUCGUAUGAAAUGUGCCGUGUGUUCUGAUUUCGACUUAUGCGUAGAGUGCUUCUCAGUCGGGGCUGAAGUCCAUCCACACAAAAGUUCUCAUUCUUAUCGGGUUAUGGACACUCUGUCGUUUCCUCUCAUUACUCCCGACUGGAAUGCUGAUGAAGAAAUGUUACUGUUGGAGGGACUUGAAAUGUAUGGAAUGGGAAAUUGGGCAGAAGUUGCUGAGCAUGUCGGAACCAAGACAAAGGAAAUGUGUAUCGAACAUUAUCGGAAUGCUUACCUUAAUUCUCCUUACUUUCCUCUACCGGAUAUGUCACAUGUUGAUGGAAAAAAUCGAAACGAACUCCUUGCAAUGGGUAAAGGGAAUCUUCAGGACAAAAUAGGGGAAUUGAAACUAGAAGAGGAAACCCCGUUUUCCCCGUCACGAGUCAAGGUUGAAGAUUCGUACAAAAGCGGUUCGUCAGGCCGUUUGCCUUCAGCCGCCUCCAGUGCCGGAGCCAAAGUUAAUAAGAAGGCAUCCAACAUGUCCCACGCGAAAGAUCAGGGAGAAAAUCCGAAAACCGAGGGGCGGAGUUUUGGUGGAAACAAACCUAAAUCGACAAAGGCAAAAGCCCCAUCUUUAAUGGAUGCAAUUGGUUACAACCCUAAAAGACAAGAAUUCGAUGUCGAAUACGAUAAUGAUGCAGAACAAUUACUAGCUGACAUGGAAUUUAAAGAAAACGAUACAGAAGUCGAGCGUGAGUUGAAAAUCAGAGUGCUCCGUAUAUAUUCAAAGAGGCUGGACGAGAGGAAAAGGAGGAAGGAUUUUAUUGUGGAAAGGAAUCUUCUAGAUCCAAGUCCGUUUGGGGAACUGAGUCAAGAGGAGAAGGAGAUAGUCCGAAAAUACGACCCCUUGAUGCGUUUGCAUACGAAAGAGGAGCACGAAGAACUAAUAAAAAGUGUGAUUUCAGCACAUAGGAUUAAAAGACGAAUGGUUGAACUCAAGGUGGCACGAGCUGUGGGGUGUCGUACAUCGGCUGAAGCGGAUAGAUAUUUUGAACAGAGGAGGAGAGAAGCGGAGGAUAAUGCUCGCCGGAAAGAGAGUUCUCAGGCGGGGCAGAGCAGCCAGGAGAGCCGGAAUAUUCCGGUAUCUUCCGAUUCGUUCGGUACUUACUCAACUACAACAUCUGCUGGCCAAGGCAACUCGUCAACUGACCUCGAUUCUGCCUCUGUUUCUGCUGCCAAUUUACUGUCUGAAUCUGAGAUGAAGCUUUGCCAAGAAAUGGGAUUAGUUCCAAAACAGUAUCUGAAAAUGCAGGAGCGAAUGUCGAUACUAAUUCUGAGCGGCAAAAUAAAGACGAAAUCUGAUGCCUAUGCAUUCUUUCGAAUCGACCCACUCAAGAUCGACAAAGUUUACAAUAUUCUUAUGAAGAAGGGGAUUGUUCAGCCAUGAUGUAAAUAUAUCGGCCAUCAAAUUCGGGUUUUUUUCUGCAAUUGUUCGAUUUGAGAAUUUUAUCGGCUACCAUUUUUUCAAUUUUUUUUUAAUCUCGGAAUUAGGCUCUUCUAGUCGAGUAUUCAUGGCAAUCUUUAGGCUGAUAUGAGCUUUAUCUGAAAAUUCAUUCACCA